AUGUAUUACCAAGUAUUGCAGUUGACCUUAUUUUUAACCUUAUUCUUAUUUAAAAAAUCUGUUGAAUUUUAUGAAAAUGAUUUACCGGGGCUAAAUGACGUUAUAGAAGCAGAGUACGAAAUUUGGCAAGCUAAGUGGGAGAAUAUUGAAGACAACUUAAGGCCCACAACUGCUAUUGAGGCUUUGAGUGUCUGUGAUAAUUUAAUGUACCCAAACAUGUAUGAAUUACUAAAAAUACUAGCUGUAAUAGCAGUAUCCACCGCUACAGCUGAACGCAGCUUUUCGACGUUGAGAAGAUUCAAAACGUAUUUAAGAAAUACAACUUCAGAAUCCAGACUAAUGGGACUUGCACUUUUAGCUAUUUAUAGAGACAUUGAUAUACCAGAUGACAUUUUAUUAGACAAAUUUUUAACAGUGACAAAGAAAGAAAUUUAA